AGCUACGUCAGUCGGAAUCAUUUUUAAAACAGAAGCUGGGAAGAACCCUUUAGGCGAAGUAGGAAACGGUUUUUGUCGGCUAUCCAGCGAUUGUGCUGUAAUCAGUGAAGGAAAUUUUAGCGACCACUCCACCACCACAGAACCGAACGGAGGCAUUUAAAAGAACAUGGCGAAGACCGGAAUUCAGAUGCUGCUACUUGUUGCGGUGGCGGCGGUAAUGAUAAGUGCAGCAAGAGCCUCCAGCAUUCCGGAAGAGGUCGACUUUAAUCCCUUCGAACACGAUUCCCUAAAUGCCAAGCACUUCGAUGGAGGCGAGCAUAAUGCCCAGUUCGACCACGAAGCCUUUUUGGGUCCCGAUGAGUCCAAGAAAUUCGACAACUUAACGCCAGAGGAGAGCAGGCGGAGAUUAGGCCUGAUUGUGGACCGCAUCGAUGAGAACAAGGACGGAUUCGUCACUUUGCCGGAGCUUAAAAACUGGAUUGCCUACACCCAGAGGCGCUACAUCGAUGAGGACGUGAGCCGCGUGUGGAAGCAGCACAAUCCGGAGAACAAUGCCACCAUCAGUUGGGAGUCCUACAGGGAGGCUGUAUACGGCUUCCUGGAUAAUUUGAGCAAUGACGAGAUGGAACAGGAAGAAAAUGGAGUCAGCUACAAGAGUGUGAUGAAGCGCGAUCGUAACCGCUGGUCGGUCGCCGAUCUGGACUUGGAUGACAACCUGACCCGGGAAGAAUUCACUGCCUUCUUGCAUCCCGAAGACCAUCCCACAAUGAAACAUUUGGUUUUGCGCGAGACCAUCUCCGAUCUGGAUAAGGACAACGAUGGCAAGAUCUCGGUGGACGAGUACAUUGGUGACAUGUACCGCUCGGCAAACGCCGAAGACGAGGAGCCUGAGUGGGUGGCCAACGAAAGAGAGGCGUUCUCCAAUCAUCGUGACCUGGACAAAGAUGGCUAUUUGAACGAGGAGGAGGUGAAGCAGUGGAUUUCGCCCCAGGACUUUGAUCACUCGGAGAGCGAAGCCAAGCAUCUGCUGUUCGAGGCCGAUGUGGAUCACGAUGAGCAGUUGACCAAGGAGGAAAUACUGGACAAAUAUGAUGUUUUCGUCGGCUCUCAGGCCACUGAUUUUGGAGAAGCCCUCGCGCGCCACGAUGAAUUCUAGAGUUUGGGUGGAAUUGACUAAAGACCCAGCAUCCCAGAGAUUAAGAAUGAUCCUAUGAAUCUCCCAUUUCGCAUGCCAAAUAACUUGUAAAACUUGCCUAGAUCUUAAGACCAAUGAAAGUGCAUUAUAGAACGACUCGAAUGAAGGGGCCAUAUUUCAUGGUAACACGACUAA